AUGUUAUACAGUGAGUUCCAAAAGGGUGGGGGUGAGUUGAAGUUCACAUCGCCGGUGGCGGGACAGCUGACGCGGGCGCUGCAGGCCGCCCUGGACUCGCGCCGGUCGCUCGCCUCGCGCAGCAUCCACAAGCUCAGCAAGAGCGACGGGGACCUGCGCACCGCCAAGUGCAGUGACGCUGAUAUGGGUGACGUGCGCCGAAGCAGUUGGUACAGUGGCCCUUCGGAGGUGUCCUUAGACGAUAUCGACCUUGUCAUGUCCAAGGAAUCGAAGCACAUACCCACAGGACAGCUAUCCCGCUGCACUGGCGCGGGGCAACUCACCGGCCAGCUAACUGCAUUCACUCCACCUUUCAAUGUGCAGUCUGUAACUUCGUUUGAUGAUAGUGUGUCGGACCGGCGCUCGCUGGUGUCGGUGGCUUCGGGCAUCUACGAGGAGAUCCCCGACCUGCCCGAGGGCGCCUGCCCCGCUCCCGCCGGUCUCGACGUGCCCGACGGCCUCCUCAAGGUGCUGGAGGAGCCGACGUACGAGAGCGUGGCGGAGUGCGUGUACGCCACCAUGCGCCGGCGCCGGCCCCCCCCUCCACUGCCGCCGCGACACCCCUUCGGCGCCAGUACACUGAAGCCGGGUACGUCGUGGACGCGUUGCGGAUCCGCUUGCGACUCCAACGUGACGCGCCACUCGUCUCUGGGCUCCCUGCCGCGCUGCUCCACACAGACCCUGCCCAAACUUGACAAGAGACAACCCUUCAGUGUUUUCAGAAAACGUCUCAAAAGCGAUUCACGCGUCACAGCUUCACAGAAAUCUGAGACCUCCAAAGAGAACAAGGACGUCGAGACCAAGAAGAAGAAGUUCGACUUUACCCCCACCAGGGACAUCUUCAAAAGCUUCAAGGUGAGUCGCAAAAUGAAGAACCUCAAGAUCACCACCGGCACUCUCGCUAAGGGAGAGACCAAGAGCUGCGAGUUCCUCGACGACACGGAGCCCGUUCCGACCAACCGCUGCUCCAAGUCCGUGGAGUGCUUGGAGGACGAGUACAACUUCGAGGCGGACCUGUCCAUAGAGUUCACCGAGGAGAGUAUAGCGGCUCUGUCUCUGCCGCAGCAGAUCGUCGAGCUGCUGCUGGGCCACGAGCAGCUGAACAAGGUGCGGUUAAAAGAGGAAGCGGAGAGCGAGUACAUGCCCAUGUCCCCCAUCGUCCCGCCACCCAUCGAGCACCACUACAUCGUCAUGUCGCCGCGACCACACCUCGCCUAG